UUCGACCCACCUUAGCCGAGUCAAGAUAACGAGCUGCUUGUGUGUUCUGCGAAAGCGGUGAUGUUUUGUGCCAAAACGACAGUGCAUCCUGGCAGAACCAUUUACAUGAAGGAGGACGUUUUGUUAUAAUUACGUAAAAUUUUACGUUCAAUGUAAUUUACUUAAGGCGUUGGAGAAAUCGAUUUUAGUUAUUAUUCAUGACCGUGUGUUCAGGGGAAGAGGAUAUUAAACGACACCGCUGCAGUGCCUGGAUUGAGGGGAUAAAGUCACUCUUACGGACAAAUUCAACAGGGAACACUGGAUAAUCUGGUCGAGGAUAACCUUGUCAACCUCCUUGCUUGGUGGAGAAGAUAAGUUUAGUUGUUCGAAGAUAGCUCGACUGCACAUUAAAGCGACAUCCACACUGUCACGAAGAAAAUCAAAAGGAAGGCAUACCGGGAGGUUCAACGGCGAUCCUGUUCUUUAGGAUGAACCACCUAUCUAUCAGUGAGCUUUGUUGCCUCUUUUGCUGUCCACCGUGUCCCAGCAAGAUCGCCUCAAAGUUGGCCUUCCUGCCCCCUGAGCCCACCUACAGCCUGAUGUGUGAUGACAGUGGCAGUCGGUGGACACUGCACCUUUCCGAGCGAGACUGGCAGUACUCAGCCCGGGAAAAGGACGCCAUCGAGUGCUUCAUGACCCGAACCUCGAGGGGGAAUCGUAUUGCCUGUAUGUUUGUGCGAUGCUCACCCAGUGCACGUUACACACUACUGUUUUCUCAUGGUAAUGCUGUGGACUUGGGCCAGAUGAGCAGCUUCUACAUUGGCUUGGGGUCUCGCAUCAACUGCAACGUCUUUUCCUAUGACUACUCGGGUUACGGAGCCAGUUCUGGGAAACCCUCUGAGAAAAACCUAUAUGCUGAUGUAGAUGCUGCCUGGCAGGCACUACGGUCACGGUAUGGCGUUCGGCCUGAGAACGUGAUUGUGUAUGGCCAGAGCAUAGGCACUGUACCGUCAGUUGACCUCGCCUCUCGCUAUGAAAGUGCUGCGGUCAUCCUCCACUCCCCGCUGACCUCAGGAAUGAGAGUGGCCUUCCCUGACACUAAGAAGACGUACUGUUUUGACGCCUUUCCCAACAUUGAUAAGAUUUCAAAGGUCACAUCACCGGUCCUGGUGAUCCAUGGCACAGAGGAUGAGGUCAUAGACUUCUCCCAUGGGCUGGCCCUGUACGAGCGUUGUCAGCAUCCAGUGGAGCCCCUGUGGGUGGAGGGGGCAGGGCACAAUGACGUGGAGCUCUAUGGACAGUAUCUGGAGAGACUUAAACAGUUUGUUUCACAUGAACUUGUCAACUUGUAAAUUUCUCGACUAAAGUAGAGAAAGGAAAAACAGUGGCUUUUUGAAGAACUUGAAGGACUUUAACACAAUUAAUAUUGUUUGACAGUUUGUCAAAGUAGUUUUGAGUUUUUGGUAGUAAGCAUUCAUAUCAAGGACCUCUUUUUAAGCUCUGAUUCACCUCAAUAUAUUGUCCAUUCCAUCUCCGGCAGUUGUAAGCUAUGAAACUCACACAAAGGUAGUUUCAUAUUUUAAUUGCACAUUAACGUGUGAGUGUGAGUAAAUUGGUGAAGAAUGAUAAAGCUAACCUUAAAAUCUUGUAGUUGUUUUUGAAAGGAGUGAGUACAUUUCUGCCUUUUAAAAGAUCUGGUCAAGGUCUUGAAACAGAGUGUGAAGUUAUAAAAUGGGCCUUGGUGUUUUCGCAAAUGUGAACUAGACAAACAGUUUCUGUCAGUUUUAGCCAUGCACACUGUACUUUAUUUUCACAAUUAUUAUUCAUGAAAGCUUUUAUGACUCUUAUUUGCACAUACCAGCUGUUAAGACAAAAAUAUUAUUUACUAUGCCAGUGAUGCCAAAUGUUUGCAUUUGUUACAUGCAAGUGAUUUAUGACAUAUAUCUUGUUUCAACAAGUAUAAUGCAAAUGGUCUUCAGCUCAUAGGCUGAGCUAUAAUUUAAUAUUGACCAGCAUGAGUACAUUUGACCAUCAAAAUGGGUGUCUUAAGAUUAGUAUCUAUGGUAAAAUGCUCAUUAAAGAAAAACUGUUGCUGGAUAGAGAAUUAUGAAUAGCUGGGUUACCUCACUUUGAACGUAUUGCCUUGAUAAAGUACCAGAGAUAAAGCCCUGAGCCUGAUAAGAUAAUCAGACCUGUGCAUUACAUGUAACCAUGGAUAUAUACUACUGUGACAGAAACUACAUACUCAUACAACUGCUGUAAUUGCCAUUUUGGACUGAAGUUCAAAAUAAUUUAGUAAAUAUUUUGAGCUAAAAUUUUCAUUAUUAUAAAAUGUGCUGUGUGUGCGCAAAGAUAAUUAGUCCACAGAUAAGUGCCACAACAACGCCUCAAUCAAAGACAUGUUAUGUGUUAUCUCCAUGUUUUGUGUGUGUUAUUUUUGACUGUUGUCAAAGUCGAAGCUGUCCCUGCUGAUCGAGGUAUUAGCCAGCUGCAUUUAUUGUUGACAAAUCUAUUAGCAAGUCAUAUGCCACUGACUAGCUAAUGUGCGCUUUUGCAUGUUGACAGUGUGCUGGCUGAGUUUGAUUUCCUUGUAGCUUAUAAUGUUUGAAGAAAUUCAUGUCUACAGUAAGCAUCUUGGAGACCUCAUCAUACUUGAACCUGGAGUUGUUUACAGGUUAAAUAAUGUUAAUAAUACAAAUCACUGUAGUCGAUUGGUGCUAUAAUACACCUUCAGGUCUGAUUUCUUACAGCUUACAAAUGAAACAUCAUGUCUCAAUUCUGUCUCUAUAUUUGUUUUUUUUUUCUAAUAUGUGUGUUUGCUGUACAACUUUAUUAUUAUUUUUCAAUUGACUACUUGUAGAUCAGGGCAAGCCAAUAUUUAGGCUUUUCACGUGUGUCAUCCUUGAUUGAAUUUUAUGUAUAGCUAUUUAAAUGAAAUAAAACAUCUAUGUCAUAACAAUAUUUACUAACCUGUUGGUACUUUUAACAUGAAUAAAAUAAAAUAAAAUGUCAAAACAUC